AUGGUGCGGUCUAACAAUGUAGGGUACGACCGCCACAUCACGAUCUUCUCUCCCGAUGGCAAGUUGUACCAGCUCGAGUACGCGCUCCGGGCGGUCAAAUGCUCCAACCUGACUGGAUUGGCCGUGAAGGAUGACAACGCGAUCGCAGUGGUUUCGCAGAAAAAGCUGUCGGCCCAGCAGGGCAAUCAGGACGUGCUGCUUGACCAGUCCUCCGUUACGCACCUCUACCACAUCACUGACGAGGUCAUGGCCCUUCUCAUCGGUUUUCCAGGCGACUGUAUGAGCAUUCUCUACAAGAGCCGCGAGAUCGCGCUCGAGUACCAGUACAAGUAUGGAUGCAACAUCCCCGCGCGUGUGCUGUGCGAGAAGCUGGCGGACAUUAACCAGGUCUACACCCAGCACGCGUACAUGCGCCUCCGCGCCUGCACCGGCCUGAUAAUGGCCAUCGACGAGGAGAACGGCCCGGUCAUCUACAAAUUCGACGCGUCGGGAUGGUUCAGCGGGUACAAGGCGUGCAGCGUGGGCGCAAAGGACCAGGAAGGCGAGAACGCGUUGGAGCGCAUCCUGAAGCAGCGUGAGACCGUCACGUUGAAGGAGAAGGUCAAGUCUGACCUCGAGGUGGACACCGAGUCGCACCACCUCACCGGCGGCGCUGAGACGCGGGUCACUGUCGAGGCCAUCAAGGCUAUGAUCGCCAUCGACGCGUACGACCAGCUUAACGGCGCCAAGAGCAUCGAGGUUGCGAUCUGCACCCGCGACAACCCCGUGUUCCGCCAGCUCAGCGAGCAGGAGAUUGAGACCUACCUGACUCACAUUGCUGAGAGCGACUGA